CGACGUAGUCCAGCAUUUCCUCUAUGGAAAAUCUCCCGUCUCUUUCCACCCCACUCUCUCUCUCUCUCUCUCUCUCUCCCAGAAAGAUGGCAGCAAUGGAGAUGGUUUCGCCAAGAAACGCUUUUGGUGCAGUACAUGGUUGCAGUGGCCGUGCUGGCAUCAGAAUUAGCCCGACCACCGUGCCGCUUCGUUGCCGAAGCGGUUGCUGCGGCGGUUAUGGUGCUGUACGCUGCAAGCUAUCCAAAUUUCAAGAUUUUCAGGACUAUGCAAAACCUUCGCGUCUUUUUCCAACCACAGAGAUUAAGUUCUGCUCAGGACACCCAGAAGAAGAGAAAAUGAUUUUCGGCGAUGUUGGCAAUUCUCAAUCCUUGUACAAGAUUAAGCUACAUACGAGCAGGAUGUAUGGUUCAGGUUUAACUGAUGUCAAUGCUGGAAUUCUGCUCUGCUUGAUCGAUGAACAUGGACAUUCGUUAUUACAAAGGCUAUCUGCAACUCCAAUGACUGAUCUUUCAGUGGAACGGCAAGAGAAAGUUGAUCAUGACAUUCUUCAUUUUCAAAGAGCUUCUGUUGAUGAAUUCACUUUUAAAGGACCCAAGCUUGGAGGACUUCAAGCUCUCUGGAUUAGUCUUGAAUCAGGCCAAUGGAGAUUAGGUGGUGUCACUCUGUCUAUUAUUCAUGCACGUCAACCAUCAUUGGAGGAGCACACUGCAGAAGAAACACAGUAUGGGGGUUACCAGUAUGAUUUUCAAGCUGAGGAUAUUUUAAUUGGGGAGGGAAGUGAUAGUUCCAUGAUCGAACUUAGACCUUCCCUUGUCAAGGAAUUGUCUGGAGAACCCUUCACCUUGUUGAGCAAUAGAACGCGGGAAUCAACUUUUCCUAGUCCUAAAAUGUCCAAUGAGGAAAGCAUGCAGGAAUAUGCAGAUCUAAAGCUUUCCUUGUUACUCUACGAUGCUAUACUGGUCUCUGUCGGCACAGCAGUUGCGUCUGUUUCAGCGAGUGAGAAAGCUGCUCUGGCAUUCUUAACUGGUGGGCUUGGAGGAUUUGUCUAUCUGCUGAUAUUGCAAAGAUCUGUAGAUGAAUUGCCCACUCCGGCAACAAUCUCCAGGAACUCUGUUGAUCAAGUGUUUCGUCAGUUGAAGGGUCCAAUAACAACUCUGGCAUUGGCAGCAGCUGUUGUAUUUGGAGUACUCAAGUACAGCGCAGGUCAGGUUCCUGUGGCAUUAACGUCCGAAGAGCUCAUUGCAGGGAUGAUUGGAUUUAUCGCGUGUAAAGUCGCAGUGGUGUUGGCUGCAUUUAAGCCCAUGACAUUCAUUUUGAAGCGGAACGACUGAAUGACACAAAUUAACUUCUUGUAUUUUUCUAUUGUUUUACAUUUCAUGUAAAGCCUCAAACUCAAAGGAACGUUCGAAUAAUGUAAAACGCUCUCCGAAGGAUUUUCCACCACGGUCGAACUGAAAGCAGACUCCGUUCAGCAUAUGCAUCAUGUGGUGGGAUUGAAAGUUUUACUGUAUACCAUACUACCAUUGGAAAUUUGAAGUGAUACGAUAUGAUGAGA